AUGCUACAAGACGUUCGAAUCGUCGACAGGACUCUGAGGACUAUUCCGGAGUACCGAAAUCCUGAACGGGUGCGGGACGCCGCAGCGCGUACUAUUCGGCGAGAAGACACCGAGGAGCGGCGACAAGAGCAGGUGCAAAAUACUGCUGACCAUGCUACUCGGAGGAACAAUCCCGAAUUUCGAAUUUCAGAGCGGAUUCGGGACGCCGCAGCACGAGCUGCUCAUCGCGAGGACCCAGAGGAACGUGCAAGGGAACAGGAAAGGAACACUGGAGAGCACCGACAGCGACGAAGGGAUAUGGAAGACAGGCAGCGAGAACGGAAAAGGGACGCCGAUAACAGGAGAGCAACCAGGAGAAAUCCCAUCGCUAGAUCACAGGAGCAACGGAUAAACACAUCACAACGCCGGGAAACACGACAACAGCGGAGGAUUCGGGAAGAACAAAUUCGGCAAAUGGCAGAGGAUCGAUUAUUAAACUUUAGGAUGGACUCACAAAAUCGACUGAAUGCUUCCCAAAGGCAGUCGCAAAGAAACAUGGACGAAAGAGCUCAACUUUCGGAGGAUGAACUGGAACAGGAACGAGGACAACAGCGAAAUAGGAUUCGAUCAUCAGCGAGGGAUCUGUACCACAGGAACAUUAAGGAAGGCCCAACGGCUAUUUGUAUUUGCUGUGGAGGAACAUGGUUCCGUUCGCAGUACCGAAAUCCUGAACGGGUGCGGGACGCCGCAGCGCGUACUAUUCGGCGAGAAGACACCGAGGAGCGGCGACAAGAGCAGGUGCAAAAUACUGCUGACCAUGCUACUCGGAGGAACAAUCCCGAAUUUCGAAUUUCAGAGCGGAUUCGGGACGCCGCAGCACGAGCUGCUCAUCGCGAGGACCCAGAGGAACGUGCAAGGGAACAGGAAAGGAACACUGGAGAGCACCGACAGCGACGAAGGGAUGUGGAAGACAGGCAGCGAGAACGGGAAAGGGACGCCGAUAACAGGAGAGCAACCAGGAGAAAUCCCAUCGCUAGAUCACAGGAGCAACGGAUAAACACAUCACAACGCCGGGAAACACGACAACAGCGGAGGAUUCGGGAAGAACAAAUUCGGCAAAUGGCAGAGGAUCGAUUAUUAAACUUUAGGAUGGACUCACAAAAUCGACUGAAUGCUUCCCAAAGGCAGUCGCAAAGAAACAUGGACGAAAGAGCUCAACUUUCGGAGGAUGAACUGGAACAGGAACGAGGACAACAGCGAAAUAGGAUUCGAUCAUCAGCGAGGGAUCUGUACCACAGGAACAUUAAGGAAGGCCCAACGGCUAUUUGUAUUUGCUGUGGAGGAACAUGGUUCCGUUCGCAGUACCGAAAUCCUGAACGGGUGCGGGACGCCGCAGCGCGUACUAUUCGGCGAGAAGACACCGAGGAGCGGCGACAAGAGCAGGUGCAAAAUACUGCUGACCAUGCUACUCGGAGGAACAAUCCCGAAUUUCGAAUUUCAGAGCGGAUUCGGGACGCCGCAGCACGAGCUGCUCAUCGCGAGGACCCAGAGGAACGUGCAAGGGAACAGGAAAGGAACACUGGAGAGCACCGACAGCGACGAAGGGAUAUGGAAGACAGGCAGCGAGAACGGGAAAGGGACGCCGAUAACAGGAGAGCAACCAGGAGAAAUCCCAUCGCUAGAUCACAGGAGCAACGGAUAAACACAUCACAACGCCGGGAAACACGACAACAGCGGAGGAUUCGGGAAGAACAAAUUCGGCAAAUGGCAGAGGAUCGAUUAUUAAACUUUAGGAUGGACUCACAAAAUCGACUGAAUGCUUCCCAAAGGCAGUCGCAAAGAAACAUGGACGAAAGAGCUCAACUUUCGGAGGAUGAACUGGAACAGGAACGAGGACAACAGCGAAAUAGGAUUCGAUCAUCAGCGAGGGAUCUGUACCACAGGAACAUUAAGGAAGGCCCAACGGCUAUUUGUAUUUGCUGUGGAGGAACAUGGUUCCGUUCGCAGUACCGAAAUCCUGAACGGGUGCGGGACGCCGCAGCGCGUACUAUUCGGCGAGAAGACACCGAGGAGCGGCGACAAGAGCAGGUGCAAAAUACUGCUGACCAUGCUACUCGGAGGAACAAUCCCGAAUUUCGAAUUUCAGAGCGGAUUCGGGACGCCGCAGCACGAGCUGCUCAUCGCGAGGACCCAGAGGAACGUGCAAGGGAACAGGAAAGGAACACUGGAGAGCACCGACAGCGACGAAGGGAUAUGGAAGACAGGCAGCGAGAACGGGAAAGGGACGCCGAUAACAGGAGAGCAACCAGGAGAAAUCCCAUCGCUAGAUCACAGGAGCAACGGAUAAACACAUCACAACGCCGGGAAACACGACAACAGCGGAGGAUUCGGGAAGAACAAAUUCGGCAAAUGGCAGAGGAUCGAUUAUUAAACUUUAGGAUGGACUCACAAAAUCGACUGAAUGCUUCCCAAAGGCAGUCGCAAAGAAACAUGGACGAAAGAGCUCAACUUUCGGAGGAUGAACUGGAACAGGAACGAGGACAACAGCGAAAUAGGAUUCGAUCAUCAGCGAGGGAUCUGUACCACAGGAACAUUAAGGAAGGCCCAACGGCUAUUUGUAUUUGCUGUGGAGGAACAUGGUUCCGUUCGCAGCCAGGAGCGGUUACCGCUGGUAAUCUGCGGGAUGAAUCAUUUGUUGACCGUCUUGAGCAACAUGAUGAUGGCUACCACAUCCUGAAAGGCUUACGGUCUGCACCAGCUCAUUGUGAGGCUGAGAAAAAAAAAGUUAUAGCUAUGAUAAAGGAGCGGAUUCGGGACGCCGCAGCACGAGCUGCUCAUCGCGAGGACCCAGAGGAACGUGCAAGGGAACAGGAAAGGAACACUGGAGAGCACCGACAGCGACGAAGGGAUAUGGAAGACAGGCAGCGAGAACGGGAAAGGGACGCCGAUAACAGGAGAGCAACCAGGAGAAAUCCCAUCGCUAGAUCACAGGAGCAACGGAUAAACACAUCACAACGCCGGGAAACACGACAACAGCGGAGGAUUCGGGAAGAACAAAUUCGGCAAAUGGCAGAGGAUCGAUUAUUAAACUUUAGGAUGGACUCACAAAAUCGACUGGAUGCUUCCCAAAGGCAGUCGCAAAGAAACAUGGACGAAAGAGCUCAACUUUCGGAGGAUGAACUGGAACAGGAACGAGGACAACAGCGAAAUAGGAUUCGAUCAUCAGCGAGGGAUCUGUACCACAGGAACAUUAAGGAAGGCCCAACGGCUAUUUGUAUUUGCUGUGGAGGAACAUGGUUCCGUUCGCAGUACCGAAAUCCUGAACGGGUGCGGGACGCCGCAGCGCGUACUAUUCGGCGAGAAGACACCGAGGAGCGGCGACAAGAGCAGGUGCAAAAUACUGCUGACCAUGCCACUCGGAGGAACAAUCCCGAAUUUCGAAUUUCAGAGCGGAUUCGGGACGCCGCAGCACGAGCUGCUCAUCGCGAGGACCCAGAGGAACGUGCAAGGGAACAGGAAAGGAACACUGGAGAGCACCGACAGCGACGAAGGGAUAUGGAAGACAGGCAGCGAGAACGGGAAAGGGACGCCGAUAACAGGAGAGCAACCAGGAGAAAUCCCAUCGCUAGAUCACAGGAGCAACGGAUAAACACAUCACAACGCCGGGAAACACGACAACAGCGGAGGAUUCGGGAAGAACAAAUUCGGCAAAUGGCAGAGGAUCGAUUAUUAAACUUUAGGAUGGACUCACAAAAUCGACUGGAUGCUUCCCAAAGGCAGUCGCAAAGAAACAUGGACGAAAGAGCUCAACUUUCGGAGGAUGAACUGGAACAGGAACGAGGACAACAGCGAAAUAGGAUUCGAUCAUCAGCGAGGGAUCUGUACCACAGGAACAUUAAGGAAGGCCCAACGGCUAUUUGUAUUUGCUGUGGAGGAACAUGGUUCCGUUCGCAGCCAGGAGCGGUUACCGCUGGUAAUCUGCGGGAUGAAUCAUUUGUUGACCGUCUUGAGCAACAUGAUGAUGGCUACCACAUCCUGAAAGGCUUACGGCAUGAGCAGUUGGAAGGAAUUUGCUUAGCAGAUUUCGCAGCUUGGUACAGAUUUGUCAAGCGGAAUGCACGAUCUGCCGCUAAUCAUAGGGAAGACUAUGAUGAAGCAAAUGAUGUGGAGGUAGAUGACGAAGAUGAAGUUGCUGAGCAAAGUUAUCCAUUGAUGGAUGGGUCUGGCUGCGUUAAGAAACGUAGGCAUCCCCUGAUUCUAAGGUGGGUUCGCUUUAGUAUUAACUCUUCACCUUCCGAUUAUUUCCGAGAGCAUUUAAUGCUCUUCUAUCCUUGGCGAAAUGAAGAAGCUGAACUUCUUUCCAACGACAUUGAAAACACAUUCCGAGUAAACCAUGAAGCCAUUAAGACAAUGAAAAGGAACUAUGAUGUGUUUGAUGAUAUGGAGUUAGAAAGAGUUCUGGGAGAUUUGCAAGAGGAUAGGGGAGAUAAUGCUCCUGAUGCGGAAGAACCUGCCUCCCAAUUUUUAGACGAAGAGUUUAGAGCUUUGGCAGUUCCAAAUAUAGAGCGGAACUACCGAAAUCCUGAACGGGUGCGGGACGCCGCAGCGCGUACUAUUCGGCGAGAAGACACCGAGGAGCGGCGACAAGAGCAGGUGCAAAAUACUGCUGACCAUGCCACUCGGAGGAACAAUCCCGAAUUUCGAAUUUCAGAGCGGAUUCGGGACGCCGCAGCACGAGCUGCUCAUCGCGAGGACCCAGAGGAACGUGCAAGGGAACAGGAAAGGAACACUGGAGAGCACCGAGAGCGACGAAGGGAUAUGGAAGACAGGCAGCGAGAACGGGAAAGGGACGCCGAUAACAGGAGAGCAACCAGGAGAAAUCCCAUCGCUAGAUCACAGGAGCAACGGAUAAACACAUCACAACGCCGGGAAACACGACAAACAGCGGAGGAUUCGGGAAGAACAAAUUCGGCAAAUGGCAGAGGAUCGAUUAUUAAACUUUAG